AUGAGUUUUACCAUCGGUCAAAAAGAUAAAUCUCCUUCACCGAAAGACUCUAAAAAUCCACUCGAGGAAAUCAAUGAUCCAAAACGUCGAGAUGAACUAGAAACUGGUGGUAUGAUUAUCGGCCCGAACCAUCCAGGCUUUAAGGGUGAAAGAUCGGAUGAUACUUCUGGACUAGGAUCUGUUGUCGGACCGAAUUACCAAGGUUCCAAAGUAGAAGGCGAAAG